AAAAAACGAAAUAAUUCAUUGUAAUUAUUUCUUAUUUAUUUAUAGGACUUGAUCGUAAAUCAUUCGAUAAUAAACAUGUGACAUUUGAAGAUCAUAUUCGUAAAGUUCAUAAUAUGUGGAAUUAUGUUUAUUUUAUGGUUUUAAUUAACGUGAAAGAUUCAACUGAAUAUACUGGUCCGGAAAGUUAUGUUCAUGAGAUGAUUGAACAACGAAAUCUCGAUUGGUUUCCACGAAUGCGUACAAGUAGUUUGGAUAUUCAAGAAGAUAAAAGUAAAGAAGAUCAAGAUAGUAGAAUAUUAAAACUUCAAAUGGAUGAUGCUAAUAAAGCUAUAAAAUCUUUGACUAUGGAAUUAUCUGAAUUACAAAAAUUAGUUGUCGAUUCUCGCGCACAAAAACAUAGACUGAAUUUUCUUCAAAAUCCAUCAUUACCAACACCAUUAAAUGCAUAA